AUGGCUACUCACUCUACCGAGGAACCGUUCCCCUUCCACGGGCUGCUGCCCAAGAAAGAGACCGGAGCCGCGUCCUACCUCACCCGGUUCCCGGAGUACGAUGGCCGAGGAGUGCUCAUCGCUAUCCUGGACACCGGCGUGGACCCCGGGGCCCCCGGCAUGCAGGUCACACCUGAGGGGAAGCCAAAGAUCGUCGACAUCAUCGACACAACAGGCAGCGGUGACGUGAACAUGACCAUGGUGGCAGAACCUAAAGAUGGGACAAUCGCUGGCCUCUCUGGUAGAACACUUAAGAUCCCUCCUGCCUGGGUCAAUCCAUCAGGGAAGUAUCGCAUUGGAGUUAAAAAUGGCUAUGAGUUCUUCCCUAAGGCUCUCAAAGAAAGAAUACAGAAAGAGCGAAAGGAGAAGAUGUGGGACCCACCACACCGAGCAGCACUAGCUGAGGUCUCUCGCAAGACAGAAGAGUUUGACCUCGCUCACCCAACACCCUCACAGAUGGAGAAGUUGCAGAAGGAAGAGCUUCAGAGUCAGUCAGAGCUGCUGGCAUCACUAGAAAAGAAGUACAGUGAUCCUGGUCCUGUAUAUGACUGUGUGCUUUGGCAUGACGGCGUCACAUGGAGGGCUGUUAUCGACACUUUAGAGAGUGGAGAGCUGUCCCAGUGCACUGUGCUGAGCUCCUACAAAGAGACACAAGAGUAUGCCACGUUAGGAAACGCUGAGAUGCUGAACUACUCUGUUAAUAUUUAUGAUGAGGGAAACACCCUCUGCAUCGUCACCAGUGGAGGGGCUCAUGGGACACACGUGGCAAGCAUUGCAGCAGGUUACUUCCCAGAGGAACCUGAGCGCAAUGGUGUGGCCCCCGGUGCCCAAAUCCUGGCUCUGAAGAUCGGAGACACCCGCCUCAGCACCAUGGAAACAGGCACAGGACUCAUCCGCGCGAUGAUUGAAGUCAUCAACUACAAGUGUGACCUGGUUAACUAUAGCUAUGGGGAAGCCACCCACUGGCCCAAUACGGGGAGGAUUUGUGAGGUGAUCACAGAGGCUGUGCAGAAGCACAAUGUUAUAUUUGUUUCAAGUGCAGGAAACAACGGCCCGUGCCUCUCAACAGUCGGCUGCCCGGGGGGAACCACCAGCAGUGUCAUAGGAGUUGGAGCAUAUGUGACUCCAGACAUGAUGGUGGCCGAGUAUUCCCUGCGGGAGAAGCUGCCUGCCAACCAGUACACCUGGUCGUCCAGGGGCCCCAGUACAGACGGGGCCCUGGGCGUCAGCAUCAGUGCGCCUGGCGGGGCCAUUGCAUCUGUACCCAAUUGGACUCUUCGUGGUACCCAGCUGAUGAACGGCACAUCCAUGUCAUCCCCUAAUGCCUGUGGCGGCAUCGCACUAAUCCUCUCAGGACUAAAGCAGAGCGGGAUCCGUCCCUCUGUUCCUGCGGUGAGGAGAGCGCUGGAGCACACGGCUCUGAAGGUUGAUGACAUCGAGGUGUUUGCACAGGGCCAUGGAAUAAUCCAGGUGGAUAAGGCAUUAGACUACCUCACUCAACACGCCUCUUUACCCACAAGCCAGCUAGGCUUCUCAGUAACUGUGGGAUCACAGAGAGGCAUCUACCUCAGGGACCCAGCCCAUAUUCUUACACCCUCCGAUCACGGAGUAGGAAUUGAACCCAUCUUCCCGGAGAACACAGGAAACUCCGAGCGAAUCUCCUUGCAGCUACACUUGGCGCUCACAUGUGCCUCCCCAUGGGUCCAGUGCCCCUCCCAUCUAGAGCUGAUGAACCAGUGUCGUCACGUGAACGUCCGCAUCGAUCCUGUGGGACUGAGAGAGGGAGUGCACUACACAGAGGUGUGUGGGUAUGAUACAGCAGCACCUAGCUGUGGCCCCCUAUUCAGAGUCCCAAUCACAGUCGUUAUCCCCGCCAAAGUGACAGAUAGUCGUAAUCAGGAGUUGUGUUUCACAGACGUGCACUUCAGACCAGGCCAGAUCAGACGCCACUUCAUCACUGUUCCUCAGGGAGCCUCCUGGGCAGAAAUCACACUGACCUCUCAUUCAGGAGACGUGUCGUCAAAGUUUGUCCUCCAUGCGGUUCACCUGGUUAAACAGAGAGCGUACAGAGCUAAUGAAUUCUACAAGUUCUCCUCACUGUUGGAAAGAGGCUCACUAACGGAGGCUUUCCCUGUGCUGUCAGGAAGGAUAGUAGAGUUGUGCAUUGCACGCUGGUGGGCGAGCCUGGGUGACGUCACAGUGGACUACAGCAUCUCCUUCCACGGACUCAACACUUCCCCCUCACCCAUGCACAUACAUGCCUCAGAGGGAGUGACGAGUUUUGAUGUGUCGUCGCCUCUGAGGUACGAGGAGGUGUCCCCCACUAUCACCCUCAAGUCUUGGGUUCAGCCUCUUAGGCCCUUAAAUUCAAAGAUAAAAGCCCUGGGAUUGAGGGACGUUCUUCCUAACAACAGACAACUCUACGAGAUUGCCCUCACUUACAGCUUUCACCAGCCUAAGAGUGGAGAGGUCACCCCCAGCUGUCCCAUGCUGUGUGAGCUGCUGUAUGAGUCUGAGUUUGACAGUCAGCUCUGGAUGCUGUUUGAUCAGAACAAGAGACUACUGGGAUCAGGGGACGCCUAUCCACACCAGUAUUCUCUGAAGCUGGAAAAGGGGGACUACACUGUGCGUCUGCAGGUCCGCCACGAGCUGUCCAGCGAGCUGGAGCGCCUUAAGGACCUGCCGUUUGUGGUUUCUCACCGUCUGUCCACCACGCUCAGUCUAGACAUCUACGAGUCCCACCGGGCUGCCCUCAUGGCCAAGAAGAAGGCAAACUCUCUCACCUUGUGCCCGGGUGCCACACAGCCCUUCUACAUCACAGCCCUGCCAGACGACAAGAUCCCAAAGGGGACGAGUCCGGGUUGCUACCUUUCAGGCUCUCUGGUCGUCCCGAAGAGCGAGUAUGGCAAGAAAGCAGGGCAGGCCUCUGCAAAACGACAAGGAAAGUUUAAAAAGGAUAUCGUUCCAGUUGUCUACCACUUAAUUCCUGCUCCCAACAAAGCAAAGAACGGAGGCAAGGAGAAGGACAAGGAGGGAGACAAAGAGAAAGAUGUGAAGGAGGAGUUUGCAGAAGCAAUGAGAGACAUGAAGAUCCAGUGGAUGACAAAGUUGGACUCCAGCUCCAUCUAUGAUGAACUGAGGGAGAACUACCUAGAUUACCUGCCGUUGCAUGUGCAAAGACUGCACCAGCUGGACUCUGAGAAGGAGCGUGUCAAACGUCUGAGUGAGGUGAUAUCAGCAGCCGACAUCGUCAUCUCCCACAUCGACCCGACAGCACUGGCUGUUUACCUGACCAUGAAGACAGACCCUCGGCCUGAUGCCGCCUCUAUCAAGACUGACAUGGAGAAGCAGAAGUCGUCGCUGCUGGACGCUCUGUGUAGGAAGGGCUGCGGUCUGGCCGACCAGCUCCUGCUGCCCCCCGCGCCGCAGGACGGCGCCGCUGCCGUCUCCUCUGGAGAAGCAGCUGCAGCAGAAGAGGAGGUUGUGGAGCAGGUGGCCAGCAGUUCUGACGACACCGUGCACAGCGUGGUUAAAGCGCUGACGGAGACGUUUUGGGAUGUGCAGAAGUGGGCGGAGCUAACUGACUCCAAGGUGUUGAUGUUUUCAUACAAACACGCUCUCGUGAACAAGAUGUACGGCCGAGCCUUAAAAUACGCCUCAAAGAUGGUGGAGGAGAAGCCCAGCAAAGACAACAUGAAGAACUGCAUCCAGCUGAUGCGACACCUCCGAUGGACACACUGCGCCAACUUCAGUGAGAACUGGCUCCCUGUCAUGUACCCCGCAGAAUACACCCCAUUCUAGACACAGACGCACAUGCAUGCAUGAGCAGCAUGGCCAUACGCGGUCCGUUACGUGGUAACUUCGAUACCAUGUCCCUCAGGGUCACAUGGUCUAUGCAUCUGGGUUUUUCAAAUUUAGAUGUACUGUAGGUGGACACCAAAAUGAAGGAUACCGCUGAGUGUACGUGUUUUGAGGCACUGGACACCAUACAAGGCGAGAGGGGAUCGUGUUCGUCCCGUCUUUAAAUAUCUUAUUUAAAUCACAGUUCUGCAGACCAUAUGGCACAACAGUUCAUGUGAAUGCCAACGGCAGAAAAACAACAAAUAAUUCAGUUUAAAUUUUUAAAAUGCUCCAAACUUUUGCCCAAGGCUUGUUGAUACUGUAGCUCAGUGCUUUCUUAGCUGGGUGGUGUCCUUUAUUUUGGUGUCAUCUACACAGUUGGAGGCUUUCACAUCCCCACUUAUCCUCAGCAGUCCGGACUCCAAUUCACUAUAACCUAAUUUUCUUGUGUAAAUACAGUAAAAUGGCCAGUGUGGACUCCAGGGAUGCAUCCCAAAUCAAAAAAAAUUAAACAACUGUGAUCCCAUAUACUACUUUUGAAAAAAAAUCGACUGCAGAAAAACUCAUAACACUUCAGUGAGACAACAGGAGGACGUUGCUGCUGCACGAUGUUUGGACGUACGGGGGCACACAGAGUCUACCUGAUCCCUGAGUUAAAAGGGAGACACAACUUGAUAUCUUUUUUUCUUUGUUUUUUGAUUGUUCCAGCCAGGCCGGGUUGAUAAAAGUUAACACUUAGUCCCGACUGUCUUUUUAGGCUCUGACUCGUGUACACAGAACACAAAACAGUGUUGAGGUGCCUUUCUACAUGUACCUUACCUUUUUUCUGAUGGGGUGAAAAACGGUGCGAGGCUGCAGAAUCAGUCGCGUCAGUCAACACUUUGACCCGUCACCUUUGGUGUCAGAUGUGGCUUUAAAGCUCGUACCUGCAGUAUGACGUGUCUGUGCACUGUAUGCAGGCCGUCAGUGACUUGUCAGGUAACAGGAAGCCACAAACACGCUUUCUCGGCUUCUGCUUACCUCCAGAGGUGUUGGCCACCCACUUCAUACUGCAGUGACCUGAGCGGCACAUCUGGCGGGCCAUCUUCACAGACCUCACUAACAUAACAGAUGCAGUUUUGGGCAGACGAAGGAUGUUUCAAUGUAAAAUGUUCACACAGUAUUAGACGUUUCUCUGCAGCAUUCAGAAUGUUGCAUUUGUACACAGUGUCAUAAAAUAAUGUACAUACACACAUAACAUAAAAAUAUUAAGAUGCAAUAGGUAUAUAAUACAAAUAUUAUUCUAAUUGAUGUAUUUUGCAUAUAUGCAUGUCUUCUAGGGUGUAAGGAAAAACAAUAGUUUUAUUUGGAAGCAGAUUUUAGGUUGUUUCAAUUUGAAAGAUUUUUAAUCCCAAACGAGAUUCUGACGAUAAUCCACUGUUGUUAUUUUCAUGAGUGUGUUUGUGAACGAUUUUACGUGUUUGUGAGAGCAUAUUUUGUGAACAUGAACAUUUUCUCCCUGCAGAAAUGAAAUGACAGCCAACUAGAGGGGGUUAAGCAUGCAUUUGUAUCUUAGUUUGUUUUCUUCAGAUACCUUCUUUACUUCAAAAGACCAUGCCAGUGGUUUUGUAUGUUUUAUCUGAUUUACUACAAAUCACAUAUACUUUACAUCACAACUAACCAUAUUAUGCUAUUUUAGAUAUUUUUUAAAGGGAUAGUUCGGGUGUUUAUGAAGUGGGGUUGUAUGAGGUACUUAUACGUAGUCAGUGUAUUACCUACAGUAGAUGAUGGUCGGCACGCCCCCAGUUUGGAGAACCGGAGUAAAGCAAUAUAGUGCUGUGGACAGGUCCAGCAGAAAAAUAUAUUUUAGCCACAUAAAAGAAAGGCUCACCUGAAAAAAUCCAUAUCAUUUAAGUGUACUCUAUAUGUAGAAUGUUUUCACCGCUUUACCUUGCCGUCAGACAGCCCUUUCCUUCUCCUUUCCGACGGGUAACUGAAGUUUAAGUGACACUUAUCUAUGCUCUCUCCAAAGCCAGCAGGCUCAGAUGACACAAACAGUAUAGAUCCGUUUCACUUUCAGCUCAGUUCGCCGUUGGAAAAUAUAUUAAAUACAGCAUUUUUUUUUAGGUGAGCCUUUCUCCUAGGUGGCUAAGAUAUGUUUUUCUGCAAUCCCUGUCCACAGCACUGUAUUGCUUUGCUCCGGUGCCGGUGCUCCUGUCUGCUGUCUGACAGUCAUCUACUGUAGGUAAUUCACCUACUCUGUUAAAGUACCUCAUACAACCCCACUUCAAAACACCCGAACUAUCCCUUUAAUGGAUUUUUCCAGGCAACCGUUUCUUUUCAAUAUAAUAAUAUUAGGUGACUUUUGUAACCUCCAUAGUGAACACCAAGUCUGCAUUAAAAGGCCCUUAAAAACCAAAUUUCUCCACCUUUUUACUAUGAGCGAUGGGAUUUUACAAUAACGCACAAUUUGGCUAAGUCAGAACAGUUUUCAUUAUUUCACGAGAGAUUUCUGUUUGUGCCGUCUCACUGGGUUGAGGUGGUACGAGUGUAUUUCUGAUCACCAAUCAGGAUUUAACAAUAGUUUGGGUUGGCAGUUUUGGGAUUAUAUAUUGUUAUGUUGCCUCUGUCCAUUAAAAUCUAACUAAACCACACCCCAACAGUCCCGAUGAAGCAGGGUAGCUGAUUUUUUUUAAUGUUAAACUCUUAAUAAAUGAUAACGAACAGUGUUUUCCCAAACUUAAACUUUGAUCGGUGCUUGUUUAGUCAUGAAGACAAUUUAUCAGACUUGGUGCAGCAAGUUUGAAGAAUCGACCAUUUGUUUUUCAUGCAUAUGAAAAUUAAUGGGAAACAGUACAGAAGGGUAGGAAGAUGCAUCCAUUUGUCAAAUAUAAAACAAUACUGCAUGCAUUUGUAAUUUGUCAGGUUUAUGUGAUUUUUCGUUGAGCUAAAACUUGCAUAAACACUGGCAUGGUCCUUUAAAAUGUCUCACCUGAAUCAUGUAAAAAGAGGACACGCGGCUGGAUGUUUUCACAGUGCAAAAGAGGACCAUGCUAAAGAUACAAGUCACAUAUUCACCUUUUAUCUGUUAUAUUUAUGAUUCUCAACCUUUAUCACUUGUAGAUCCAUAAAAAACAGUGUGACCAAAGAACGAUUGUCCCACGUUGGUUUAAAGAAGCAGUUUAAAGAAUGCUAAAAAAAAGAUCAUAUUUGACAUAAUAUUGAAUAGAGGAAGGAAAUAGAGUUUGAGAACCUCUGGUCUUCUACAAAUACCGGCUCUAAAUUACGUUUCAAGUCCUCACAAGUGGAAGGUGCAUGUUUCAGAAUGUAAAAGCAGCUGCUUUCAAGACGAGGCCUUUCGUCCUCAUGGGAGUAAACAAUCUUUUCUGGGGUGACUGUUAAUGUACAUACACAGCGAAUCAGUGGUCACAACCCGUGUCGACCCACAGCUGAGGAUGCCUUGUGUUUCUGUUUUUAGCUGUGACUUGUAUGCACUCAGCACAGGCGUCUCCAAGUGCACAGGGCUUUACUGAAGUCAGUUGGGUUCAUUUGACAUCAUCGUCUUUACUUUUAUAUCUUCGUCCUUUUUUCUCCUGUCUACUGUGUUCGGGGUUUGGUUCAGGCAGAUGUUGUGUUCAGGGCUCAGCUGUCUACAGUAAGCGUUUGCCAAUAACAGUCUCUCCGAAAAUGGCCUUAACGUUCACCACAAGACCGUACCGUCCCUUUCUGGCACCAAACAGACGUCUCCCACUCUGCUGGUGUCAGGAAAGACCUCAGAAAUGCUUCUUCUGGAUGUUGAGUGUUUAUAUUUGUAGUCAUAAAAUCUAGUAAAUGCCAAUAUUUUACAGAAUAUUAUGAGAUAAGGUUGUAUGCUCUUAGUAUUAUUUUAUACCCAUUCUUCCUCGAUGACGUGGAAACGACCCGAGCUACUGUCACACGAUUUUGUGGUCACAUGGAAUGAAGUCACAAACAAGGAAAACAACACUGAAUAAAAAUGAUUUGGAAGAA